AUGAGUCCAAACUCUUCUGACCUUUAUUCAGAACAUGUGCAAAAGAAGAUCACCACCCCACAGAACAGGGAGAAAGAAAAGGAUGCAGAGGACAAUAGGCAUGCCAUGAAACUGAGGAAAGCAUUCAACAGAAUCAAGCAGCUGGAUGCCAGUUUCAGCAGUGAAGAGAUCAUGCCCAAAUCAUCUGCACAGAGUAUUAAGAGGGGAACAAUUGCCCAUAUAACCAUAGGUCUGGAGGACCUGAACCACAGCACCAAAAAGAUCCCUGUAAGAGCCCAAGUAGCAGUGACCUCUGAGGACAAUACAAAGCCUGUUGCUAUAAGAAAGGCUGGAACUUCCCAGAUCAGGCUGGCAGAAGCUGCAGUGGGCUUCACUACAGAUGAUCAAACCUCUGGUAUUCAAGAACCUGGGAGAAGAUGCUCUGCCAAUGGUACAGCAAUGACUAAGUCUCAGGCCUCUGUUGCUCUAAAAGUCAAAAGGCCAACUGAGUUGGCAUCAAGAAAGCCAGGAAAAGUGGUUCUUCCAAAGAGUGGAAGAACAGCUGGAGCAAACAUCUCUGACUUUUCUCAAGUUGCGGCUGCAGCAUGCAAACCCAAGACCCAUGUGUUUUUUCUGAAAGUGCACAAGAGCGCCAGCAGCACUGUCAUGAACAUCUUGUUCCGUUUUGGCGAGACCCACAACCUCACCUUUGCCUUGCCAACCAAUGGCGCCAGUCAGUUGUACUAUCCCAAUUAUUUCACAACGGCAAUGGUGGAAGGAUUUGCUCCAGGCAAAGCUUCCCACUUCCACAUUAUGUGUCAUCAUAUGAGGUUCUUUCAGCCAGAGGUUGCCAGAGUGAUGCCAAAAUCUACCUUUUACUUUGCUAUCCUCCGGAAUCCUGUUGAUCUCAUGGAAUCUUCAUUCACCUAUUACAAAAUGAUGUCCCCGUUCGCCAAAGCCAGGAACCUGGAGGAAUUUCUCAAUCAGGCUUCCCAGUUUUACAAUGCCUCUGCCCAGGAUAGCCAUUAUGCCAAAAACCUGAUGACGUUCGAUUUUGGAUAUAACCACAAUGGGAACUUCUCGGCAAAACACGUCCAACUCAUGCUGCACACCAUCGAGGCGCAAUUUGACCUUCUCCUGAUCUCAGAGUACUUCGACGAGUCCAUGGUACUGCUGAAGAAGGCUUUGUGCUGGGACUUGGAGGAUGUUGUCUCCUUCCCUCUCAACAGCAGACACCAUAGCACCAAGGUCCAUCUUUCAGAAGGAACCACAGAAAAGAUAAAGAGCUGGAAUAAGCUAGACUGGGAGCUUUAUGUGCAUUUCAACAGGACAUUCUGGGAAAAGAUAGACUGGCACAUUGGCCGGGAGCACAUGCGGCAGGAAGUGAGGGCCUUGCAGCAGAAGCGGGAAGAGCUGGCAAAGGUUUGUCUUCAGGAAGGGAGCAGCGUAGUCCCAAUGAGCAUUAGAGACCAGGACUUGGCACCGCUGCAGUAUGGCAAGGCACAAAUCCUAGGCUAUAACUUGAAACCUGGGCUGGAUAAGGCAACAAGGGGGAUGUGCCGGCGUUUGGUGACCCCUGAACUUCAAUACAGUAGACUCCUGUAUAGGAAACAGUUCCACAACAAACUGUUGAAGUUCAGAAACCCAGCUCACUUGCCAAAAUUACACAACCGCAGGACCUUUUGA